AUGCCUAUUCUCUCGGGAGGCAGCGAUCAAGACUACAGCAACAUUAGCUACACUUCUUGUAGUUCCCUGAACCGUUUCUUUCCUGUCUCUGUUGAGACCCCGUCUGUCAAAGGGGUCCAUUACCAAAGAGCCAGGAGGAUUUACCACUCGGAUCAGCUCUGUAAAGUCGAUCUGAAGAGGGAAAUCGUGAUCAAUGUUGGAGGCAUCAAGUACCUGUUCCCUUGGAGCACGUUGGAUGAAUUCCCACUGACCCGGCUGAGCAAGCUAAAGUUUUGCAGCAGUUACGAGGAAAUUAUUCAGCUCUGCGACGAUUAUGAUGAAGACACCCAAGAGUUCUUCUUCGAUAGGAACCCCAGCGCUUUCGGGAUGAUUGUCAGCUUCCUGGCAGCGGGGAAGCUGAUGCUCUUGCGAGACAUGUGUGCUUUGUCAUUCCAGGAGGAGCUGAGGUACUGGGGGAUUGAAGAGUCCAACCUGGAGAACUGCUGCUUCCGAAAGCUGUUUCAGAAACUGCAGGAGCUGGCAGAGAUGCGCAAGGAGGACAUGCAAACGAGCCAGGAUACCGCAUGUGUCUUGGAUGAGAAGACCAAAUGCGAAGAGUUCAUGAACAGACUCAGGGACAUGGUAGAAAACCCUCAAUCCGGACUCCCAGGCAAAGUCUUUGCUUGUCUCUCCAUUCUCUUCGUGGCCACCACAGCCAUAAGCCUUUGUGUUAGCACAAUGCCGGACUUAAGAGCUGAGGAAGACAGGGGCGAAUGUUCUCAGAAGUGCUAUUACAUCUUUGUCAUUGAGACCAUCUGUGUGGCUUGGUUCUCGCUGGAGUUCUGCCUACGAUUCAUCCAGGCGAAGAGCAAGUGUCAGUUUUUCAAAGGGCCCCUAAAUAUCAUUGACUUCUUGGCUAUUUCACCUUAUUAUGUUUCUCUUAUUGUGCUGGACGAUGACCCGGGGGAGGAGACCGAGAGAUCGAGCAGCAACUCCUAUUUGGAAAAGGUCGGACUGGUGCUACGAGUCUUACGUGCCUUGAGGAUCUUGUAUGUGAUGCGCCUUGCCAGGCACUCCUUGGGCCUACAGACUUUGGGGCUCACCGUUCGAAGAUGCACCCGGGAAUUUGGCCUGCUUUUGCUCUUCUUGUGCGUAGCAGUCACGCUGUUUUCCCCUCUGGUCUAUCUCGCUGAGAACGAAUCUGGCAAGGUCCUGGAAUUCACAAGCAUUCCAGCCUCAUACUGGUGGGCCAUCAUCUCCAUGACCACAGUGGGAUACGGAGACAUGAUACCAAGAAGUGUCCCAGGUCAGAUGGUGGCUCUCAGUAGCAUCCUCAGUGGGAUACUAAUAAUGUCUUUCCCAGCGACUUCCAUAUUCCACACGUUCUCCCAUUCCUAUUCAGAGCUGAGGAAAGAGCAUGAAAGACUACAGUCUCAGCUCAACCGAAUAAAAAACCCCAAUCACUCUGCUGGAAGUGACACCUUCAACGAGACAGACAGCUUGAUUUUGGAGGAGCCGGCCUCCCCAAUCAAGUACAGUUACACAAGAAACUAAACCUGGCUGCAAAACCUCUGGGAGGGCAACAAUAAUUGAUCGGUGUAAUGUGCAAAGCCAAGCAGAGCAACAACAUGGGUGACUUGCCAUUUCUAACGCAAUUUCUUUUCACCGACGUGGGCAGAACAGAUUGAUCAAGCCAACUGGAGUCUUGCAACGCACCACUGUGGAGAUUGUGAGCCUUAAGGAUGUUGAAGGUCGGGGGUUAUUCAAACAACAAAUAUCUACUCUUCGCUACUGCUCACUUUUUAUUGAUAAAGCUAAUAAGGAAGUCCAACUUUGCCUAUACUAGUUAUAUAACCCGCUGAA